UACUCCUGUUCACGGAUUGAUAUAGGCUCAAUACUGAGAUUGGAUACACAAGUGAUCCUGGGACUCGAUCAUUUCCAGUGAUGGAUCUCAACUGGCUGAUUAUAGCAUGUAUUCUUUUGGCAGGUGUGAGCUCGGCCCAAAGGCAGGUUUCGGUACAGCCAGGGCCUCUGGUGCGAACCGAGGGCUCUCACAUCACCAUCUGGUGUAAUGUGACUGGCUACCUAGAGGGAGUGGAGCAAGACUUUGAGUGGUCUAUGUACCUUGACACAGCCCCUGAUCGAGAGAUCCGCAUCGUGAGCACAGCCCAGUCCAACUACGCCUACGCCGUAUACUUACAGCGCGUCAACGCCAAAGAGAUCUACGUAGAAAGACUGAGCGGAGACUCUGCUGUUCUGCACAUUACCAAGCUGCAGGCCAAGGACCAGGGCGUGUUUGAGUGCUACACACCCAACACAGAUGGCCAGUACCUGGGUACUUACAGCGCUCGCACCAACCUUACUGUGAUUCCUGACACGCUCUCCGUGACAUCGCCCGCUCAGUCAGUGUCUAAGGUUGAGGGAGAAACGCUGCAGCUGGGAUGCGAGGUGGCGCGUCAGACCUCUCAGCACACACACUUGGCAGUGGGCUGGUACUUACGCUCCCCGGAUGACCCCACCGUGCCACGGGAUGUCGUCACGUUGACCCGGGACAUGGUGCUGCGGCCUGGGGCCUCGUAUCGACAGCGCCUGUCCUCUGGAGAUGUACGGCUGGAUAAGACAAACAGCACGUCCUACCGCCUUACCAUCUAUAGCCUGCAGCCUUUAGAUCAAGGCCAGUACUACUGUGAGGCAUCUGAGUGGAUUCAGGACCCUGACCGCUCCUGGUACGCCAUGACCCGCAAGCAGUCCGACAAGCACACUGUUAAAGUUCAGCCGACAGAUCGCGACUUCAGCAUCCAGUUGACAACAGCUCGCCGGGCCUACACGGCAGGUGAGCCGCUGGAGCUCCGCUGCACCAUAGACGCUCAGAAUGUUGCCGAGCGCUACUUCUCGGUGUCGUGGGUCUUCAGCAGCUCGUCUGUGGCCGUGGUGGGGCCCAGCGCUGUUCCUGUCAUAGGGCCCAACUAUGUCCAGCGUGAGGCCACCGGCCUCUUGACUGUUCGCAAGGAGAGCCCUUACAUCCAUCUACUCAAGCUGCAGCACCUGCUUCCGGAGGACGCUGGGAAAUAUAUCUGUAGGGUGACUGAGCGGGAAAAGACGCCCACCGGAGAGUUUAUCGACCGGAGCAAGCGCUCCCGCAAUGUUCAGAUCAGUGUCACACCUCUGAGCAGUAACAUUAGCGUGUCGGUUUCCAGCAACUCCUCAGAGGUGUUGGAGGGAGAGAACAUCCAGUUGACAUGCUCGGUGCAUUCGACCCUCGGAGCAAUGUCCAUCAACUGGCAGUAUCUGGAUAAAGAGGGCAACACUGCCGUCGAACUAACAGCAGUGGACCGUGAUGGCAUUGUACGACCUGGACCCAAUUACCAGGAGCGCCACAGCUACGGGGAGAUCCAUCUGGAACGGACCAGAUACGACACCUUCACGCUGACCUUGUAUAAUGCCUUUCCAACAGACGAGGGGCAGUACCGAUGCAGCGCCACCGAGUGGCUCCAGAGUGGCAGCGCGCCUGUUUGGGAGUGGCAGCAGAUUGGAGAGAGUGAAGGAAUCAGCACCAUCACUGUUAAAUCUGUUGAGUCCUCAUUCUUUGUGUCUGCUUCAUCACGCACUCCCAGCGUGACCUUCGGGGAUACGUUCGACCUGCAGUGCAUCGUAAAGUCCCGCCACAGCCCUAGCGUCCCCAUAUCGGUGACCUGGCGCUUCCAGCCGGCGGACGGGAGCACCGAACUGCGGGACGUCGUGACGUUCACACGCGAGGGCACCCUGAAGUGGGGCGAGCAGAUACUCGGCCUGGGUACGCGCACCUCGAUGGAUCGUACACGCAACUACACCAACUUUCGACUCAGUGUGACUAAAGCAGGGCGCAAGGAGUCGGGGACGUACCAGUGCGCCACCGUGCUCUACCGCAGGAACUACGAUGGCACCUGGAGGGUCAUUGCAAAUCGCACGUCCAAUCUACUCGGCAUCAAUGUCCAGCAGCCAGUGAGCAAGCUACACAUGCACAAGUCCAACCAGAGCCUGCAUUUUGUGGAGGACAGUCGUGUACGCGUCAACUGCUCCGUUGCAUCUCAAACGAGCAGCGAGUCCCAGCAUGCCGUGCUGUGGUACGCCCGGAAGGAUGAAGCCGCUCAGUCGGAUGAGCUGCUGCUGAAGAUCGAGCACACCGGCGCGUUUGAGUACGGGGCGUACGCCGAAGAGGAGCGUCUGCGCAGCCGUGUGCAGUGCGAACGCCUCUCGCCGAACCUUUACGGCCUCACGCUGCAUCAUGCUGAGACCAGUGACUCUGGAACCUACUACUGCAUGGUAGAGGAGUGGCUUUCCGACCCCGACGGAACUUGGUAUCGCCUGGCCAGAGACUCUUCAGGGUUUACCAAUGUGGUCGUCAAGCAGCCAGCGGUCAAACUCCAGGUAGAGGAGACCGAGUCUAACGUCACAGUGUCUGAAUCUGGAUCUUUCCAUUUGGGCUGCAACAUACCGUCUCAGUCCUCCAACAGCUCUCGUUUCUCAGUGUCGUGGUACGUGUCUCGCUCGGAGAGAGAGGCCGAGCGGGAGUGCGUGUUCUCCAUCGGCCAUGACGCCGUGUUCGGCAACGGCAACUGCGAUCCGACCGAGCAGCUGGGUCUGACCUCGCGGCUGCAGUUUGAGCGUACUACUUUGUACGCCUACAGUUUGAACAUUCAGAAAGCAUGCCCAGAAGAUGCAGGUCGGUACUACUGCCACGUGGAGGAGUGGCUCCUGAACCCACGCAAGGUUUGGUACCGCCUCGCAACCAACUACUCUGGAGCCACAGUUGUUAAUGUCUAUGAACAAGUCUCGACCCUUCAGUCGGUGGUGUGCUCCAACAACUCACUCUUCUAUUUCAUCUUCUUCUACCCCUUCCCCAUCUUCGGCAUCCUGCUCAUCGCCGUCCUCCUCGUGCGCUACAAGAGCCGCAGUUCGAACAAGAACCAGGAGGGCAAGAACGGGGCGCCGCUGCUCUGGAUCAAAGAGCCGCAUCUGAGCUACUCCCCCACGUGUCUGGACCCGCCCGCUCUCAGCCUUCACCCGGGCUCUGUGGAGUAA